AGUCAAAAGGACCCAAAUGUAAAGGACCCCAUCAAUCUCACUUUUAGACCAUGGAAUAUAAUAAAGAUAGCUCCAAGCACGGACGCUUUAGCUGUUUUACACCCUGCUUUUUUUUUUUUUUGUUUAUUUAUUUUUUUCUGUUACUUAUAAAGAAUCCCAAAUACACAUUUACACUAAAGAAUCACUCCAAAACACUUAAAAAAAAGGUUCAAGUUUCAUGUUACAAACCGUGUGAACAAGCCAACCUUUUUCAACAUAGUUUAUCUUAGCUUGUUCAUUAACACUACAUACUCUAGGAAUUUUCAUCAUAUUAUCACUUUCCAAAACCACAAUACAAUACCAGUAUACCACCCAUCUUAUCACAUUGCUUCUUUUCGAAACGAUGUCGAAAAUGGGAGGAUUUUUUGUAUGUCUUUUGGUCAUUGCUUUAGAUAUUGCAGCAGGACUUUGUGGCCUUGAGGCAGAAAUUGCUCAAAACAAGGCGAAACAUUUGAAGAUGUGGAUAUUUGAGUGUAAGAGUCCAAGUGAACAAGCCUUCAAGUUAGGAGCAGCAGCAGCAGGGCUAUUGAUACUAGCACACGUUAUAUCAAGCUUACUUGGUGGUUGUAUGUGUCUUUGUUCUCGAGAAGAUCAGCAUAAAUCUUACGCCAAUCGCCAAUUAACAACUGGAUGCUUCCUCUUAACAUGGCUUAUACUUGUCAUUGGAUUGUCUCUGUUGGUGAUUGGGACACUAGCAAAUCGCAAAGAUAGAGCUUCAUGCGGCAUUACUCAUCACCAUAUGUUAUCAAUUGGUAGCAUUCUGUGUUUUAUACAUGCCUUAUUUUCUACUGCGUAUUACCUUUCUGCUACUUCGAGUAGCCAUUGAAAAGAAUCCCAAACACCCAUCUGAUCAUUCUGAAACAAUUGCGAAAAUCAGAGGUUUUUUUCGUAUGUCUUUUGGUGAAUUUGUUCGAGAUUGUAGCUUGCCUUUAAUUAUGCAGCAAUGAAGCUGAGGUUAAUGUAUCAGCUAAACUGCACAACUAAUGUAGCAUUGUAUAAAAAAAAAAAGUAGCAUUGUAUCUUGUGUUUUGAACUCGUUUCUAAUGUUUCAGAUUAUGUUCUUAAUGAAUUAGUAAAUGGAUGGAGAGACUUUGGUAGUUAAUAGUGCAAAUAUACUAAUGUGUAAUUUCUUUUUUGUUUUUUUAAAUCUUCAAUUCAAGCUAUGGGUUAUUCUGAUUUUAA